UAUUCACUGCCCAGUUUUAAUUUUAGGUAGAGUAUACCUAGUGUGUUUAUAUUUUCAUGAAAAAUGCAAAGAUUUUUCAACAAAGUAGCGGUAGUAACCGGAAGCAGCUCUGGCAUAGGCGCUGCCAUAAGCAGAGAAUUAGUGAAGAAUGGACUUCGCGUGGUUGGUUUAGCCAGAAGAAUAGAGAAAUUAAAAGAACUUGGUGAAGAAUUAAGUGGUAAAUUUCCCGGAGAAUUUCACGCGUUAAAAUGUGACGUGACGAAAGAAAGUGAAAUUGAAUCUUCGUUUAAAUGGAUCACAGCUGAACUUGGACCCAUUACGGUGUUAGUCAAUAAUGCGGGAACUCUAGGACAUUCUCUGCUUACAGAAGUGACAGGGGAACUGAUAUCUCAAGUAUUUGAUACAAAUGUAAAAGCCGCUAUGUUGUGGUCCAAAUUAGCUGUUCGAAGUAUGACAGAAAAUGCCAUAGAGGGUCAUAUAAUUAAUGUCAAUAGUCUUGCCGGACAUUACAUGAUCAACACCGAUCCAAAUCUUGCUCAAAUUUACACCAGUUCGAAACAUGCCCUUAAAAUUUAUUCCGAAGCACUACGACGUGAGCUUUUCAAGAAGCAAAUCGAUGUCAAGGUUACCAAUUUCAGUCCUGGUUUGGUAAUCACUGAAAUGACAGCUGAUACAGGAUUAAUAACACCAUCUUCGUCACCAAAGACUUAUCUAAUACCGAGAGAAAUUGCUGAAACCAUCGUACUGCUUUUAAGCACACCUCCUAAAGUAUCAAUUUCGGAACUCACUGUUGUGCCAAUUCGUCAAAAGCUUUAAAAUUGAAAAAAAAAACACCAAAGUUUUUACCCAAAAUGUAUCAAAAUACCUACCUAAUAGGUACCAUCAUUUUUUUUCUUAUCACUUCUGCAAGAUUUUAUCUGAAAAGAAAACCUUUGCAACCAGUUUGCUCCGAUUGAACUGAGAUUAUUGGCUCGUUGAAAAAGCAUGCAAACUACACCUCGAAACCAGAAGUUAAGCUGUCGAAAUUGAGUUUUUGAUUUUUAGCAAAUUUUUGAACAUCGAGGGAAGAGCUCUUACUAAUUAAUAACCCUUUCAAUAACAAAGCUGAUUACUAAAUAUCCCUUCCGGAGAAAUUCCAGGGUGCUGGAGAACAGUAAACUUUUGAUAGGGGCUGCAAAUUAGCACGAAACUGGUGACGAUUAAUUCGAGAGACAGGAGGGUAGGUGCAACAUAUCUUGCCUCAAAAGCCAGUCUUCCGAAUUUCAUCUGAAGAUUAAGGUAGGCCUAAGAACAUUUAUUUUUGUUGUUUUCAAAAUUUCACUAUACCUAAUUGUUGAAAAAACAAUCUCUAUAGAGCUCAAAAUUUCAUUCUGUUGUGUAGGUGAUAUGCUCUUUUAAUAAUCAGUCAAAUUCUUGCUCGAUUAGUGCUAAUAAGUCGCGAAGGUUUUCUAAUGAGUAAGGAUAUAAUUAUGUGGUAAUAAAAUUAGGAAAAACUUGAAAAUUACAAUAAAAGUUGUAAUGGGAAGUAUGUACUUGUGUGUAUGUGUAUGUAUGUAUGUAUGUAGGUAUGUAUUUGUAUCUGCUAAAAUGCAUCAAGUACCUAGAUAAACCACUCAUACCUAUGUGGGUAUGUAUUCUACCAUAGUUCAAUAAGAUUGGCAUAAAAAAUUAAUAAAAAUAUCCAAUCAUUC